AUGGAGGAAAAUGAAAUUUUUCCAAAAGUCGAUGUACACUAUAAUGGUACUUUUGUGCCUAAUCCGUUGGUGUAUUUUGCUCCACAAGUACUACAUCUGAAUGAAGAUGCAAACGAGUUUGGUUUCUCUGAUUUCAUCAAAUAUGUUGAGAAGCUUAUAGAUUUUCAGUGCAAGCAUGUGUAUUACUGUAUACCUGAAGUGAGAUUGAGUGAGGGGCUCCAAACACUACAAAAUGAAUGUGACUACUCUGAGUUUCUUGAGGUUGCAAAUGCUAACAGACAUGUGGAUGUAUAUAUUGACCAUGAUAAUGAACCUCUAUUUGAGUGGAUUCAGAAAGAAGAACCAGACGAUGAAGAACUUGUGUAUUCAGAAGAAGAUGUCGACUCUGUUUUGGCAAAUGAUGAGAACUGUGAACAUGAAGAGGAUGAAUAUGAAUAUGAAAAAGGCAAUGAACUUCCAGCUGUGUACCCUAGGCAUGAUGCUACUCAGGAAUGGAGGAAGAUGAAGCUUGAACUAGGUAUGAGAUUCUCUUCUCCUGCUGAACUUAAGUCAUCUCUCAGUAACUAUGCAGUUGCACAUGGAUAUGACUUGUAUUAUGAGAAGAAUGACAAGGAUAGGUUGCUUGUAAAGUGUUGCAAAGGAAAAAGACCACAAUGCCCUUUUAGACUGUGGGCUUCCUGGAUGAAAGAUGAACAAACAUUUCAAAUAAAUUCCCUUAGAGAAGACCAUAGUUGUUCAAGGGCAUUCAAACUUGGGUCAAUUGUUACUAAUAAGUGGAUAGGGAAACAAUUUGUCACUAAUAUUUUGGAGUCCCCUAAAAUGAGUCUGAGGAAGAUGAAAGCUAUGGUAUCCAAGUUAUUCAACAUAAAUGUUAAUGUUGGACAAUGUAGGAAUGCAAAAAGAUUUGCAUUGUGUGAAAUUGAGGGUGAUUUGAAGGAUCAUUAUUCCAAGCUGUGGGAUUACGGAGCUGGAAUUAAAAGGGCCAACCCAGGAUCUCAUGUAGAAGUGUAUGUGCAGCCCCAAAAUAAUUCUAUUGUGGUGUUUGAAAGGUUUUAUGUGAGUUUUAAAGGAGUGGUUGAUGGAUGGUUAGAUGUGUGUAGGAAGGUAAUUGGGAUAGAUGGAUGUUUUCUAAAGGGCAUCUAUAAAGGGGAGCUCCUCUCAGUAGUAGGCAGGGAUGGAAACAAUAACAUUUACCCAGUAGCCUGGGCAGUAGUAAAUGUUGAGAACAAGAAUACUUGGAAGUGGUUCUUGGACAAUCUAAUGGAAGACAUAGAUGAAGGGGGAAAUGGUAAUGGAAUCACAUUGAUGUCAGAUGGACACAAGGGUAUAAUGGAGGCUGUGAAAGAAAGAUGGCCAGAAGUUGAGCAUAGGUUGUGUGCUAGGCACAUCCUUGCUAACUUCCAUAAAAAUUUUAAGGGUGAGUGCUACAUUAAACCUUUUUGGAGGGCUGUAAAGGCAACUACAAUUCCAAAAUUCGAACUUGCAAUGGAAGAAAUUAAGAGCUUUGAUGUAGGGGCAUAUGAUUAUCUCAUUAAAAGGGACCCCAAUUGUUGGUCAAGGGCUUUUUUUAAGGUUGGAAUGAACAAGGCAGAUAUUGGGUAA